AUGGCUGGAUACUCGCAGAACCCGAACUACAAGCCGCUUCCGCCACCGGGAAAUUACCCCCACGGCUAUCACUCCCAAGGUCAGCAGCACCUACAGCAGCAGCAGCAGCAGCAGCAACAACAACUCGGCGCCAAUGCCCUCCACCGGCCGCCUUCCUUCGUAGGGCUACCCCCCAUCCGCCGCGCUUCCACCUUCGGCUCCUCCCUUGGCUUGAACGCCGAGGAGUUUUCGUCCUCCGACAACAGCGCUGACGGUGCUGCCCGUCAGCAGCAACCCCAGCAGCACCCCCAGCAGCAGCAGCAGCAGCAGCAGCCCCAGCAAGCCAGUGCUCCCCCUCAAGGGACUUCACCUCCGCCAACCAUGACCGGAACGCAGCAGACGACGGGCCAGUUCAUGCAUCCCUCGCAACCCUCCGAUCAGUCCGUCCAGAACAUCUACCGCCCAACCCAGGGGGCGCAGGGUCCUCAGGGGACCCAAGGACCGCCGCGCCAGGGUCAAACAUGGCAGCUGCAGGGACAGAGCCCCGGCCAGAACCAGGGCUUCCCCAACCCCGCGUUCCAGCAUGCUGCCUUUCACGGCCAGGGACCGGCUCAGACACCGCCAAGAGCAUUUGGGGGACCACCCGGAGGCCCUCAACCGAUGCCGAACGGAUCCGCCUUCCCUCCGGGUCAAGGCCAACAGUUUGGCCAAGGCGGCGGUCGGCCAAUAAUGGUCCCGCCCCAUAUGUUGCCCGGGAACUUCGCUCAAAGAUUCCACCUCCAAGGCGGAGGCUGGAACCUGCAAGAAUCGCAUCUGUCUGAGCCGCUCCAUCCCACGGGCCGCCAUCGUCGCUCCCCGAGCAACACGUCUUCACAGCAACAGCAGCAGCCUUUCUACGGCUAUGACAAGGAAACUGGAAUCUACACGCCGACGUCGCCGGCCCGGCGGCACAAGCCUCCGCAGGAGCAGCAGAAUCAACAGUCCCAACAAUCUCAGCCAACCCAGCCAACCCAGCCAACACAGCAAGAUCAGCAAAACCAGCAGGAAAAGGCCACACAGCCUUCGGGCUUGCCCACCCAGGGGGGUCAGCCGGCCACCCCUCAGCAGGGUCAGGCAGUGCCGACGAUCCAACAGAGCCCGGUGAAUCAGCAGCUCGGCGGCAACGGCUUGUCGCAUUUGCAGUCCCACCAGUCUCAGCAGAGUGAGUUCGGGCGCCAUGGUGGUUCCCCUCACGAGAACGGCGGAGCCGACAGGCGUAACUCGGGCGUCUUCUCCAGCCUUCGGAAUCGGCUUGCCGGCGGUCAUUCGGAGGAGCCCCGUGGCGGCGGCGGCGACGCGCCAAAACCACAGACGGCCAAUGGCGACUCUGCCUCGGUGGCGAGCAUCACGACGGAGCCUGCGGGACAGCAACGGGAGCAGAACCCGGUCUUUGGACCAAAGGCCGGCUCGCCCACCCCCGACAAUUUUUCGUUCAGCCAGAGCAAAGACAGCAUCAUCGCCCGCGGCUCCGGGACCCCCGUCGGCGAGCGCGAUCAAUUGGAGCCUCACCCUUCGCAGUUUGCGCCGCCUAGCAGGAAACCGACAGGCUUCCUCAACUUUGGUUCUCACACGACGCCAGUCCAGCCGGGCGGCAGUAUUGCCUCUGCUGCCCCUAGGGCGGGGUCGCCGGCACACUCAUCGGGCCACAAGCAUACGGGAAGCACCGGAGGUCCCAAAAAGCGCUUUUCCGCACUAAAGGACGUGUUCCGAUCGUCGCCUCGUGACGGUUCCAGCAAAACGGGAACUUUCACCGUCAGGAUACCCGCGCAAACCGGUUCCCAGAUGCAGACUCGGACGCCGCCACCUCAAGGACAGUACCAGGGCAUGACGAACGGCCAGACUUCGCUCCAGUUGCAGGGUAAACCUCCGCAGACCGGCCCCGGACCUCAGCCGGGUUCCAUCAACCCCCCGCCGGCUAGCUUUGGGCCUCCUCCUCCACCAGGAUCGAGCAACGGCUCGCCCGCCGGUCCUGCACCCGCUACCCAGCCAGGUUCCCUAGAGCAGCAGCAGCAGCAGCAGCAGCAGCAGCAGAAACAGCAGCAAUUUGCAGGCGGCCAGGAGCGCUUCCCUCCUGUUACUGGUCCCACUCAACCUGGCCAUGGCUUCCUGCCGGUGCGACAUCCGCCACAAGGACCCGCUCCCGUUCAGAACCAGCAAGAGAAAAAGUUAGGCGCAGGUAUUCUUGGUUUCCUGAGAGGCCGGGCGGACAGCAAGUCUCAGGAACAGCCAGCACAGCAAGGCAAUAAUUUACCCGUCAAGGGCCAGUUCCCUCCGGGCCAGUUCCCUCCAGGGCAGUUUCCUCAGGGGCAAUUCCCUCAGGGGCAAUUCCCUCCAGGACAAGCGCCUUUCGCCGGGCAGCAGUUCGGCAUCCGCCCCCCCGUGGGCCCUAAUGGACCCCCGCCGACGGGAACCGGACAACAACAGUUCCAGCCUGGGCAGUUCCCGCCACAACCGCAGUUCAUGAGACCCGGUCCCCCGGGGACUGCCGGUUCGUUCCAGUCACAAGGUCCAGCGGGGGCACAGCGGCCCGGGAUGCAGAUGUCACAGCAGCCCGGUUCUGCUCAUGGCCAACAGCCCGGUGUGCAGGGAACUGAUCCGAGGCCGUUGGUGCAGACGCAGCCGACUCAGUCGUCGGCCCAGGGCCAGCCCGGCAAUGUCGGGUCGGGUUCGAGCUACCAGCAGAGUCACUUCAGCGCAGCUCAACAAGCCCGACCCCAGCAGACUCCACAGCAGCAGACAGCCGUUCCAGUCCAGCGAACGCCUUCCGCAUCCAUCGUCGAUUCUCCGGUGUCGCACCAUUCGCAGCCGGCGGCUCAGCCCGCCAUGGAGAGUUCUCGGUUCCAAACGGCGUCCCCGGGAACCACGGGGCAACUGUUCGCACCGCCUUCAGCGGGCUCGAAUCAGCCCUCCCACCAAGCCGUCAGUGCCCAAAACCUCGGCGCGGCUCCCGAACAACCGCCAGCGGGCUCUGGUCCCGAAGGCUCUUCACGCCUCGAUGUUGACUCCGGGGAGGACGAUAUGCAGAGGCCCGUGUCUCCUGCAUCGCAGGCCCCAGCUCCUCCUCCCUCGGGCAUCCCAGGAGAGGAGAUCGAGCGCGGCGUAUCGAGACAGCCUACGACGAGUGGCCAGUUCCAGAAUGUUGACACAAGAUCGCCGUCGCGUGAGUCGCGAUCGGCUGCUUCCCCUGGGCAAGAGACUCCAGCGUCUGCUCAGGUUCCGGGUUCAAUAUCCGGGGAUUCGUCCCAAAACUCUGGACCGGCACAGCAGCCGCCCAACCAGCAGUUUGAUACUCAACCGGGCCUGCGGCAGCCCGUUGGCCAGCAGGGAGGGCAGAUGCCCCCCGGCCCGCCUGUCCAAGGGUAUCCUGGUGGCCAAGCACCGUGGAUGGCGAAUCAACCCGGCGCUGUUCCACCUCCUCAGUUCCGUCAGCAAUUCGGACCUGGCGGCCCCGGCCCGAACGGUGUCCCAGGGAAGGGCCAGCAAAAGGAGAAGGAACAGAGUACCAUUUCCAAGUUGUUGUUCGGAGGCAAGUCGUCGAGCGCGGCAGCACCCGCCCCAAAGCCGGAGAAAGACAAGAGCUCCAAACCGUCGAUUAUCGGCGCAUUCAAGCGUGGAACUAAGCAGCAGCCCAAUGCUCAAGCUCCGGCCCAGAUGCCCGCUGGUCGACCCGUCCAGGGCCCGCCUACUCAAGGAACGCUGCCGUUUGCGCCAGGAAUGCAGUCUCAGCCUCAUCCGCAGCAGCAGCAGCAAGCAGGGCUGCGUCCUGGCAUGAUGCCACCUAUGCCGCAGCCUCGGCCGGGCGGUCCAGCCGCCGCGCAAGCUCCUCUUCCCCAGGGAGAGCCGCAGCCCAAGGCGGGCGUGCAGGUUUACCAACAACCCCUUCCUCAACAGAUACCCCCUCGCCAGGCCCAGCCUCUGGCUCCGGAGCCUCAAUAUGACCAGGUUCCCAUCCCGGCUGGUUAUGGAUAUGUCCACGGCGAAGGACGCGUCGCCCCGGCCCCGGCACACAUCUACGUCGGGCCUAACCCCCCUCCAGGUCAGGUCCUCCCGCCCGGGUUCCAGCCGCAGUGGGUGCAGCGUGGGAUCUCGCCUGCCCAAGUUCUGCCCGUGGGCGUCCUCCCCCAGCCGGCAGUGCUCCGGCAGACCACCACCACCAUUGGAGCUCCGGUCACCACGGUGUCAACGACGGCCUCUACUCCCCAGUCCCAGACGCCUGCGCCGGCUCAGGCGCAGAAUGGAGCUCCCUCCGCUCCCCCCGCUCCCCCCGCUGCGGAGUCCGCCUUGCAGCAGCCCGCAGGAGUUGCUCCCGUCCAGCAACCGACCGGCGAAGUGCCGCCGCAAGUGCAGGUCCAACAAGCACAAGUCCAACAAUCACAAGUUCCCCACGUUCCUCAAACCCAGUUUGCUCAACCACAGCUCCAGACCGAGCAGCAGCCUCUCGCCCCCCCGGCCCCAACUCCCUCUCCUGCUCGUGGCCAGGACAUUUCGCCACAAUCCUCGAUCCGGACUCCGUCUUCACAGGUUCCCGAAGCGAGUACCUCGCCGUCCGAGGAACAGGCGCAGCUCCGGCCAGAGCCGCUCCGAACGAAAAUGUCGCCGCCACCCCAGCUCGAUCAAUAUAAGACUCCACAAUCCUUCGCCCCUCCCAACGCUCCCGCGACGCAAGGGGUGAGCCAGCCGCAUCACACGAGGAAUGUCAGCGAGGACGGGAUUGCUUCACUUCCCUCGCAGCGUCCCGGACGCGUGCAGCCCUUGAGCUCAGACACUGCCCCUGGCCCUGCCCAUCUUGCAUAUGUGCCUCGCGCAAGCAACGACACCGCUCCUGGCUCGCAGCCAACGCCAGGUUGGAACAAUGCUUCUCAACCUUCAGUCCAAGUGAACGCAAACGCCGCUGUGGAGCCGAAACCCUCCAGCCCCGAUCCGUCUGCUGCUCAGGGAUCUUCUUCUCCUGUCAACCAGUUAACGACCCCGACGCAACGCGUUGCUGAGGACAACCUCUACGACGCGACGCCGCGCCAGACGCAGUUCCCUGCGGGCCGUCGGGAUUCUCAACAACGGUCGCCGCCCUCACAGUCGCGGUCGCCGCCACCGCCGCAGUCACCGCUGCGACAACAACAACCGCAGCAGCAGGAGCAGCAGGAGCAACAGCAACAGCAACAGCAACCACUGCCAAGCAACGUGCCCAGCAACACUAUUGUCAUCACGGCGCCCGUCGAACCGAAAUCCGCCGGCCUCUCGCAUGAAGUCGCCCGGCCUGGCGGACCCUUCGUCGGCACCUCUCCGUCCCCCCCAACCGCCACACCGACUCCCCCAGUCAUCACUCUUGAUCCUCCCAAGAGCGACGGUCGGGCUCACGAUGGCCACGAGUCGAACGAGGACGUCGAGUUCGACUCGGAUAUGGACGAGUCCCCCAUCAUCCAGGACGCCUCCAUCGCGACCCUGAAGCAGGCUAGCCCGUCGACCAGCCCGACGGCGACCUCGAAAGGCGGGGACGCGCCCGCGCCGAACGGCGUCGCGGCCGCCAAGGACAGCGUCGCCAUCUUUGAGCGCGCCAAGAAGAAGGCGGAGGAGCAGCGCGAGAUGGAGCGGCGGAUGCUGCUCGAGGAGAAGAUCCCCGUCUUCCCCGCCGAGCCCGACGACGGGCCCGGCAAGAAGGGCGACGACGCGCCCAUCAUGAGCGCCACGAGUUACCCAGGCCAGGAGUGGAACCCUUACGGCGAGGGGGGGUUCGAGGACUGGGAUUAA